CAACGUGGCAAAAUCACACGUGUCUGACUGCAGAAGAAGAUGGCCAAGAAGACGAGGAAGAGUGCUGCGACAAAGCAGAAGCAGCAACAGAAGCGCAAGAAGAAGGAGGAGGAGGAACAGGGCAGCGACAGCGGUGGCGAUGACUUUGUGCUGGGGCUCUUGAGAGAUGAUGUGGAAGGCGACGAGGUGCUUGGAAGCAGUAGUGGUGAGGACGAAGCUGAGGCAUCGGGCGACGAUGAAGGCAGCAAGGCUGGCGCUGUUGCAGAUGAUGGUGUUGAUGAUGAUGACGACGUUGACAUGGACGCGAUGAUGAAGGAGCUGAGCACGCCAAAGCGCAAGUCUUCACAAGCAGCAAAGGCAUUGAAAACAAAGACAAAGAAGGCGAAAACAGCAAGUACAGCAACGACGCCAGAACACGCACGGAAGAAGGCGAAGAAGACGAAGAAGACGAAGAAGACGAAGAUGCUGCUGGACGAUGAUGAUGAUCAUGAUGCUGAUGAUGCCGGCGACGUUGCUGAUGACGGCAACAAACAUGAUGAGCUUGGUGCUGGCGAUGGCACAGCGACACCAGCGAAAAGCAAGGCGAAAACGCCGACGAAACAGAAACAGAAACAGAAGCAGAAGAAGAGUACAACCAAAGCAGAGGCCACAGACACAGCUUCGAAAGCUGACAGUAUCGCUGGGAGCACCACAACCACCAACAGCAGCGGGGACGCACGGAAGCACCCGAUGUUGCGUGCAGGUGAUGCGUGUGAUAUGACUCGCUUCGACGCGCGGUAUAUUGCCUACAACGAGGAAGAGCGGCUGCCGGAGCUUCGCCGCGCGGAGACGGGCGCCAAAGCCCGGCGGUUCGGCCAGGAGCAGCCGUGCCCAGGGAUGCCCCCAUAUCUGGAACGCACCUGCCCACCAGAGCUGCCAGACAUGCUGGUGACCCCGGCUAGUGUGCAGGCCAUCAUUGAGCGCAAGGCGAGCAAGGGCAAGAAGGGCAAGGCAAAGGGCCAGGUGGCAACAAGCGACACUGCUUCCUCCACGACCAUCGCUGAUGCCAGCAGCAGCAGCAGCAUUGCAGACGCCGUCAAGUACACCAAUGAGACGCUGCGCGAGCGCGUGCAUCCACGGCUGGCGUUGCCGCGGGACAGCAUGAAGCCGCUGCAGAGCUACCUGUUUGAGACCUUCGACUCCUACCGCGAUGUGCUGUUCACAGAGCGCACCUUCAAGCACGCCAAGUACAUUCGGGAGGCGUACGUGCUGCACGUGCUCAACCACCUGUUCAAGUCGCGCGCAUAUGUGCUGCGGCACAACGAGCUGUUGCAGAGCAGCACGCUUGAGGACGAGGACGUGUGCAGAGACCAAGGAUAUGCGCGGGCAAAGGCGCUCAUCUUGGUGCCGUACCGCGAGCACGCGUUGCACAUUGUCAAGCUCAUUGCCAAGAUGGCGUGUGCACCCACCGCUGCUGGCAAGCCCAGGGACCUCCGCCACCGCAAGAAAUUCAUGGAGGAGUAUCGCGUUGAGGAGGCGGGUGGACCGCGGCACCCGAACGAGGAAUACAGGCAGUACUUCACCGGCAACGUCGACGACCUCUUCGUCCUGGGGGUUGCCCUGAAGAAGUUGAGUGUGCAGCUGUACAGCUCGUUUAACACGUCUGACUUGAUUAUCGCGUCGCCACUUGGGCUCAAGCACGCGCUAGAGAAGAGGAAGGAGAGCAACGAGUCGAACUUCCUCAGCGGCGUCGAGGUCGUUGUCCUGGACCAGGCCGAGUCGUUCCACAUGCAGAACAUUGACCAUCUGAUGUGGGUGUUCAGCAAGCUCAACGCCAAGACGCUCUCUGGCGACGUGGAUAUUGCUCGUAUCCGCUACUGGGCGCUGCAAAACCUCUCACGCUGCAUGCGCCAGACCAUCGCCAUCUCCUCGCUCUCCACGCCCCAACUCAUGUCCCUCUUCCACAGGCACUGCAACAACGCAGCGGGCAGGGUGAUGAUUACAAAGCCAUAUCUCGGUACCAUUCGCCAGGUUGUUCACCAGAGCUUGUCGCAGGUGUUCUUGCGCGUGCACAGCGACACAUAUGCGGGCCUGCCUGACGCACGAUUCAACUACUUUGUUCGCCACGUGCUGCCGCUGCUUGACCGAGAGGAAGCAGAACGCACCAUCAUCUUCAUCCCGUCCUACUUUGACUACGUGCGCGUGCGCAACCACAUGCACAAGCAGGGCAUGAACUUCACGCAGAUUUGCGAGUACACGCCGCAGGCGGACGUGAAGCGAGCGCGGUCCACAUUCUUCCACGCGCACGUGUCGUUGAUGCUGUACACGGAGCGGUACCACUACCACAACCGCCCGACCAUCCGCAACGCUCGGCACCUCGUCUUCUACGAACUGCCGCUCUUUCCACAGUUUUACAGCGAGAUGCUCAACGCCAUCAACGGGGCGGUGGUUGCCGACGCCACGUGCACGGUGCUGUACUCGCGGUUUGAGGCGGACCGGUUGUCCAGAGUUGUCGGCACGCAGCAGGCCAUCAGCAUGUUGCAGAGCGCAGAGGCAAAGCACCUCUUCAUGUAGUGCAGGUGGUGUGUGUUGUUGUUGUUGUGUGUGUGUGUGUGUGUGUGUGUGUGUGUUUGUGUGUGUGUGUGUUU